AUGUCGUGUAAUUACGCUGAAGGGCUUUCGCAGUAUGACAACAAGGGCGUUCUUGGCUUGGCAGAGAUCUUCGAUGCUCCCGAACUUGUGGAAGAAAAAUGCGAACAGUUGGUAAAAAUGAUACUAGCCUCGAAACAUACUGUUGUGCAUACGGGUGCAGGAAUCAGUACUAGUGCAGGCAUACCGGAUUUUCGCGGUCCCAACGGUGUUUGGACGCUGGAAGAAAAGGGUGAAAAACCAACAGUUAACAUUUCUUUCGAUGAUGCCAACCCAACUCGCACACACAUGGCUUUAAAGACACUUGUAGCAACUGGCCACGUGCAGUACAUUGUUAGCCAAAAUAUCGAUGGUUUACAUCUUCGGUCGGGGCUUGCCAGAGAACAUCUCUCCGAGCUGCAUGGCAAUAUGUUUGUAGAAGUGUGUCCCAAGUGUCGCCGGCAGUACGUGAGAAACAGUCCGGCUCCGACGGUGGGCAAAAAGUUAACGGGAAACAUUUGUCCAGCCACGGGUACGGGGCGUGCCUGUCGCGGUGGAAAACUUAUCGACAACAUACUAGACUGGGAACAUGACCUCCCAGAGAAUGAUCUACAACUUGCUUUCAUGCAUUCUGCGAUGGCUGAUUUGAAUAUUUGCUUAGGAACAACGCUACAGAUUGUACCGAGUGGCGAUCUACCAUUAAAAAACCUUAAACAUGGUGGACUUCUUGUUAUCUGUAAUCUUCAGCCGACGAAACAUGAUAAAAAAGCGGAUUUGAAAAUAUCCACUUACGUCGAUACAGUGCUGGAAAAGGUGGCCAAACGAUUAGGAGUAGAAAUUCCGGAAUACCGACCGGAAGAAGACCCAACGAAAUUCGGUUCAUACACUGCUCAGUGGACCAUAAACGGACAAAUGGUAAAAAGUUUAGAGAAGCGCUACGAUAGCACGAUAAAAGAGAAGACGAAAUUGAAAAAGCGAUGCUCUACGAUCAGCACCCAACAGGAACGGGAAGAACUACAAAGAAACAACAAAAAACUGAAACAAGAAAAUCAUUCCAGCGAAGAAAGUGAAACACUUUCGAACACUUGCGGUUGA